GUGAGGGUAAAUAUUUGCGAUUGAUGACACAAGGCCGAAAGAAUUUUCCCACGGAGCCUGCCAUAAAAAGUGAAUGUUUGGCACACGACCGCCACACGCAAAUUGCGCUCGAUCGGUACACAGGUGAGGUCAUUCUCUUCCGACUCAUUCAAGAUGGCGACGAUAAAUUUCUGUAAUCAACCUUCGGACUACGUCAGCAAAAUUUUGAAUGAAAAACGAAAGGCGAAAAAACCUCUCAUGGAGAAAAUGAGACGAAAACGGAUUAAUGAAAGUCUGAACGAGUUGAAAUCUCUCAUUCUUGAAGCGUUGAAUAAAGAUGCAUCUCGGUAUUCGAAAAUGGAGAAAGCUGAUGUUUUGGAGAUGACAGUACAUUAUCUUCGGGAACGCAAAAGAUUGGAACAAAAACACCAAGCACUGGAUACCGCCAAUUUUCCGGAAUUCAGAGCAAAUUACGUGCAAUGUACUGCAGAGAUCUCAAGGAAAAUAACGUCUCUUGAGGCCAAUGAUGAACUCAGAGAAAAUUUCCUUGCGCACCUCGCAUCUCGUUGCCAAGGAAACGGCCCAACCGCUGUCCCUGUCUUUAGCACAGAGAGUCUUCGGUUCAUGGCACCCUUAAAACCCGUCAUGAUUCCUUUUCCGUCUCCACCACCAUCUCCACUUCAAGUGUCACCUGUUUUAUCAGCUUCCUCAGGGGGUCUGACGCGAGAUUUAUCGCCUGCCUCAACGUGCAGAACACGAGAUACGGGAUUUAACUUCUCCUCUCGACAGCAACAACCCAGACAUAUGAAUCCAGCUCAAAGAACUAAUGUUUGGAGGCCAUGGUAGAUAAAUGAAAAUAAACUUUGUUGACUUCUUCAGGGUUAAUCCAAGAAUUACUUAAACCAUUGGGUUGCCAUAAAAGUUAUAUAUUUUUGUACUGAAUCGAAUCAAAUAUGUAAAUAAUAACUUUACAAGUGGCAUUGUAAAAAGAAAUAUGAAAAUAUAUAUUAUAAAGUUUAAGGAUAAACAUAUUUUUACGACUGAAAUUUGAUACAGAAAAGUGUUUACAAUAAAGAUAUCCAUUCAAUCAAA